AUGGUUACAGCCAGGGUGCAGGUCCGCCACAGCAUCUACUCUGUGAAGGCCCCAGAGAUCCCCGACUUCCAGCCCACCUUUCGGCAGCAUCUGCUGGCCCUCAGCGACCACCUGGAGAACGAUCAAAUCCGCGAGGCCGAGUACCUGGCAGAGAUGCUUGUGCUUUGGUACGGCACGCAUGUCCUCACCGACGUGGAGGCCGGGGCUACCUUGGUGCAGGAGGACCAGGUGAGGCGGGAGCUGGUGGACAGUCAGGCCGGAGAGAGGAACAACGUCACGUCCACCGCCUCGGCCGUGUUUUUCCACAUGGUCAACUUUGGGGACGCGGCCUCCUGGCAGGCGCAGAGCCAGCUCUUCCAGGACUACGUGCGGAACACGGUGGCGUCCAAGAUGCGCAGCCAAGGCGGGGUGCCCUUCUACCCGGGCAUCACCCUGCAGAAGUGGCAGGAGGGCAUCAGCAACCGGCUAGUGGCCAUCGGCAGGUCGGAGCUGCCCCUGCCCGCGCUGCUCCAGCCCGAGGCGCUGCCCGAGCUCCCAGCGCCCACCGUGCAACGCGUGGCAGCCGCUGUGCGCCGCGCCAUCCACCGCUACUAUGCGGUCAACGCGCUCCCGGGCUGCCUGAGGCGCGGGGCGCCCGCCUUCAACCCCCAGGCCAACCUGGAGGACGGCUCCUGCGGAGGCGGCCGCUCCAACUUCAGCUUUGGGGGUGUCUUCCAGGAGUGCGAGGCCGUGUCCGGGCAGGACGCCAAGCACCUCUGCCAGGCCUAUCGCAUCCCGAACCCGCUCACCGGCUAUGCCUCUUGCCCAGCCAGCUACACAGCUAGUGCCCUGCACAGCGAGCUGAAGACGUGGAGCGAGCCCCGCCCUGAGUGCCAGCAGCAAUGUCGGAAGUGCUGGCUCUUCUUCCAGUGCUGCCAGACCGUGUGUGCCACCCACGAGCAGCGCAGCGUGGUGCGCCUGGCUGCCUCCUGGUGCGUGCCCUCGCAGGCCUCCCUGCCUGCCACUUCGGGCUUUCUCUUCGGAGGUCUCUACAGCCCUGGCAACUCAAACCCAUUCACCAAGGCCCAGGCCUGCCCCUCCUACUUCUACGCACUGACGCUCUUUGGUGAUCUCAAGGUGUGUGUCAGCAGUGACUUAGAGCUGGGUGCAGCCCAGGCAGUCCCCUUUGGGGGUUUCUUCAGCUGUCAAGUGGGCAACCCCUUGGUGGGCCUCUUGAAGGGCCAGAGUCCUGGGCUCCUGCAGGAGAUGUUCUGCCAGGACAGCCCUACUGACCACCCCAUGAAGUGCCCAGCAGGGUACAGCCAACACCAGGCUUACCUCAGCAAUGGCUGCCAAAUCUUCUGCUGCCUCAGGGCUGGGGCCCUCCUGGGCCAGCAGCAAGCAGCUGUCCGGAUGCCCCCAUUUCUUCCCCGGCCCCCCUUGCUUAACAGCAGCAGCGCCCACAGUCUCUCUGUCUUGGUUGACUCCACUGGCCAGCGGGUCUGGGUGAGGCUGCAAGGCUCUGACUGCUGGCAGCAGGCCAACAUCAAUGACUUGUCCCUGGCAGCCAAGCUCUUGAGCCAGGCUGGCUCGAAGCCCAGCAUCGGGGCCAUUGCUGGCAGCUGGGUGGGCACCCUAGUGGCUGUGGUGGUUGUCACUCUGGGGAUAAGCUAUGGCUUCAGGCGCUACAAGAAAGGGGGCUACAAGAGACUGCAGGGGGGCAUCCUCACAGAGGAACAGGGGGGCUAUGGGACCACUGAAACCACCGCAGAGCCUGGCUCUGUCUGA